AUUAUUUUCGAAAUAUGUUUUCUAACUAGAUUAAUAAAUUAUUUACAUUUGUCAUAAGACUAUAGUAAUAGUAUUACUAUUAGUAGUGAUAAUAUUGGGCUUAUUCUGUUUUCAAACACAACAUUAAAAAUAUAAUAAACCUGAUAAUGAUAUUGCCAUUGUGAAAAUAUGAUCAAGGUAAUUAAGUGUAUUGAGGCCUUUACAAAAAAGAGAAACAUUCUCAAUAUAAUCAGUUUUUCUAGUAUCUUUAGUUAAUUUGGAAAUAUUACUUUCGGAAGCUUUUGAAAUGUUGACAUAAAUAAUCAAUAGAGAUCCUAAACCAUAUUCCAAUAGUCACAUUUCCUCAAUAGGAAAAAUGGCCAUUUAUUGAUAAACUACUUUCUGCCACUUAACCACUUAUCAAUUUUUCCACUUAUUCAUUAAUUGUUCAGAUAAUAAUACUUAUGUUGUAAGACAUCUUGUCAAAGGUUGUCUAAAAGUCAAGAUAUAUAAUAUCAACUAAAUACCCUUAUCCAAAAAAGUUUUAUCAAAAUUUCAAAUUCAUUAGACAAGAAAGCCCAUUUUAAACUAUAGAGAUAAAUAUUAAUCAAUCCGUACUCUCUAAGUAACUUCCAAUAGUGAUUUGGUAACAACAGAAGCCUAAUUAAUAAUCUUAUAGUUUACCAAAUCUUUACUUAAUUCUUUAUUUUCAGUAAUAGGAGAAAUGCCAGCAGUCUUCUGAUCAUUAGGAAUUUUAGAAUGUAAAAUUAAUUUUAAAAACAUGUAACAAUUAAAACCCUCAAUAAUUGUUGGCUAAGCUUCUUUAAAGUUUUAUUGCUAAAUCUUGUCAGGAUCAGAAUCUUUAUUCUCAAGAAAUUUCCCAAGUUUCCCAAAACAAUUUUUUCUGACAUACAUUAUUUGAAAUUAAGAGCAAAAUAUCUACUUUUAAAGAAAUUGUUUAGCUUCAAAUUCUUUUUUCUCCCUCAUCUUUUUGUAUGCCAAAACACCAGUAAAAAAAGUACCACUUUCAUCCUUUUUUCCAUCUUCUGUUAUAAGUUACUCUUCAAAUUCUGUUAAAUACCACUAUUAUCUUUGAAUAUUUUUUGCAAGUAAUAUAAACCAAAAAUCUCAUUAAACCAGAUAAGUGAAAACUUUUUAUUUCCUCAGCAGGUUCCAAAACAGUAGUCAUAAAUGCAAUCAAAGAACUAAUUAAUUUUUAAUAGUAGUUAUUUUUAACAUAGAUAUCAGUUUUUAUCAUGCUACUCACAUAAGUGUGUGACUUCUGAAGUAAGUUCCCUGUAUUAUCUGAAUUGAUUUGAUUGUAGCAAUCUGUUUUUGUGAUUAUGCCUCAUUAAGAGCAGUUACCAUUUCUCAACUGGCUGCAUAUGGUAAUUUCUAGGCUUAGAUAUGCAUGUUGGAUAAGAUAAACUUUAACACUUCUAUCUGCUGUAAAGUUCUGCAUGUGAGCUUUGAAAACAGAGGUUGAAUUUGGAGAACAGUUUUGUAAGUCUAUUUUGAUGCAGAUAUCUCUCUUACUAAGGUACAUUUUACCCCCUUCCUAAAAAGAUAUAUAUAUAUAUAUAUGUGUGUGUGUGUAUUUUAUUUUUCAGGUAUUUGUUAUGAGAGCAAGCGACUAAAGAUGGUAAGGCUCAGCUGGCAAAGGAUGUUUAUUGCUGUAGCCUCUAUGAACUUAUUUGCUGUAUUGUAUAUAUGGAAAACUCUCGAUAGUCGAUGCUCCUGUGGAACCUCUGCUGUCAAUGUAAAUCACAUUGAGAUGAAAAGGAGAUUUGAAAACAAGAUAGAAAAAAAAAUACCAUCAUUUUUCAUGUGGAAAACAAAGUCACAGUUUAUACAUCACAAUCUGUCUACAGUUGUGGAGAGUGAUGUAACAUUUGUUUUAUAUGAAUUUGAAUUUUUUGAACAUAAUCUUGAAGAAACUGUCAAACAUUUAUCAGAAAUUUACCCCUUAGUCCCAAUUUUAAUCGUCAGUGACUUGGUUCCAUAUCCCCCCUUGUUGUUUUUAAAGACUAUGUUAAAUUCUAAUGUUCAGUUAAUAUCUUUAGAUCCAGGAGCCAAUAAGUCUUCUACCAUGACCAGUCUUUACUACUUCAUUAAGACUAAAUAUGUAGUGUUCGUGCCAGAUGCUUCGCGCAUGACAUCAACUGUUUUGUCAGAACUUCUGCAGUUUUUUCUUUUUCUUCCAAAUGGACAUUUAGCAGCAGCUCGUAUUAGGGGUCAAAAGUCAAUUUGUCUCUCCCUUGAUGUUGAUCUCAAAAGAUGGACUCUUACUUAUAGGCAGAAUGUUGGCACCAAAAUUUGUGAUUCUCUACAAGGUAAACAUCUUCUUAUAUGGAGAACACAUCAACUCCUUGACUUAAACCAGCCUUUGGUUCAGCCCUUUCCAGAAGCAUUGUUCAUCCAAACAACAAGCAGAAACCUUAAGGUACAUAUCUCACCAGAACAUCUGCUAUCAGAAGGGAGAUUGCUAUUCAAAGAUGCACAUCUUAGAGAGAAACAAAGAAUGCUUGACUCACAUAAAAGAAUGAAUUUGUAUAAGAAAUUUGGCAUCAAGAAAGUCAUUCUUCCUGGAAACCAAGUUCAUUGGUAUGGUUGUGAAAAACAGACAUCUCGGUGUUUCGGAACAGUGCAUAAUGACAUGCCAGAAUACCUAUUUCUAGGACGUUGGACUCCACCUUGCUGCUUGGAAAAUUUAAGAAAAACUGCUCGACAUGUUUUUCAAAUUCUAGAAAAAUGUGAAGUGAAAUACUGGUUAGAAGGUGGUAGUCUUUUAGGUGCAUUUCGUUCCGGUGACAUUAUUCCUUGGGAUUAUGAUGUAGACAUUGGUGUGUAUGCUGAUGAUAUUUUAAAAUGUGAGUGGCUGAAGAAUGCUCAGAAACAGUCAAUUGUUGAUACAUCAGGUUUUGUCUGGGAAAAAGCAAGGGAAGGAGAUUUUUUACGUGUGCAGUUCAGUCAAACAAACCACCUUCAUGUAGAUAUCUUUCCUUUUUAUUCUCGAAAUGGUAUUAUGACUAAAAAUACUUGGUUUAAAAAUCACCCACAAGACCGAGAAUUUCCAGAACACUUCCUUCAUCCUCUAGAAAAACUUCAAUUUGUUGGAAUUAUGGCAUCAGUCCCAAAUAAUAUAAAAGGAUUUUUGGAGUUGAAAUUUGGUAAAGGAGCUGUUGAUAACCCACAAUAUCCAGUUCCAAGUGUACUUAAAGUUUUAUAAUUGAAAUAAAAGACUAUUUAAGACACAUUUGUUUUAAAUUAUUGAUAUUUGUGUUUUAAAUCGUACUAGGAAACUACUUUUGUGAAAUAAAAUUCCUGUGUACGUUCACAUGUAUUUUCAGAGGUGUCUUGUUCAAUGAACACUGUAAUUAUCAUUAAUGAUCAUAACAGUUAGAUUUGUAGUGUGUUUUUUUAAUAAAAUGAACAGGUUUUCACUAAUACAAAUAUAUUAUAGCACUGUAAACACUUUGAAAUAUAUUUCUAACCAAAGAUUUUUAUUACUUUGUAUGAAGAUAAUUUACAGAACAUUUGAUAGUAAGUGAUGAGCAUACAUGUAUACAUGCAAAUUCUGAAAAACUAAUGCAAAUAUAUAGUGGGUUAUUAUAAAACAUUGAGUGUUGCCUCAUAUAAUUAACAAUUAACCCAAAGAAAAAUUAAAUUUUUUUUAUAUAACUUUAACAGUAACUUAUCGGAAAUGAAAAAAUUUUAGUCUAGGUAUAGUUUUUAUUGACCUUUUUGCCACAUACCACAAUCUGUGAAAGCUUGCCAUUUUUUCCAAGUGUUGUGUUUAGGAUAUAAUAUUCCUUUGAUUAUUAUUCUUUUCUGUUGUGAAGUUAAUAUGACAGGAAGCUACCCAUAUCUUGUUUUUCUUUUGAUCAUAAGUUACCUUCUUGUGUGAUUCUCAAAAUUUCAGACCACUUUUAAGAGAUGGAUAUCGAGGUUUCUCUUGAACAUGAUAUUUCUACAGAUAAUCACAAGAACCAUUGUAGAGCUCUCUAUCCCCUAGGUAGUAGAUAACAUUGCUGACCUCUCUUUUAGGCAACACCUGAUUUUUAAUAUUAUUAACAACAAAUCUGGAUAUAUCCUUCUGGCUGUAUAAUUGUGGUAUACAUCAUUGUUGUAACUCUUUAGCAUUUACAAAAUGUAAUGAAUUACUUUUAUGUUCUCUUAGAAGAGCAGUAUCAAUAUUGCCCAUGAAAUUUGAUUAGAUUGUUGAUGGGAGUUUGCUCUUUUAUUUUCACAGAACAUUCACAUUAGGUAGUUUUUGACUCGGUAGCUAGGUUAUUUCCUGUAUGGAUAUUUGAGUACACAUGAGCAGAAGGGUCAGAUUUUUUAUUUAUUUUUUGUAAUCAGUAAUCUGCCAUUUGAGUGAAGUUGGAGAAGAGGAUGACCUUGUCUUAUUCAUAGCUUCUUCUUCUUCUUCUUUCUUUUUUUUUUUUUAGGUGUCACGUUACCGAAAAUUCUCAUCUUUUCAAACUCAGGAGCAUUAUUAUGUGAUGGUCAAUUCCACUGUUUAGUUAGAGUAGCUCAACAGUAGGCAGUGAACAUUCUCACUUUUUCGGACUUAGGGGUAUUAUAAUGUCAUGGUCAAUCCCACUGUUCAUUUAGAGUAGCCUAAGAGUUGGCAGUAGGUGGUGUUGACCAGUUGCUCUCUCUGUCUACUCUGUCACAUUUAAAUUAGGGACAACUAACAUUCAUAGCCCAUGAGUAACUUUGUGCAAAAUUCACCAAAACAGUCAUCAAAGUCAAGAAUAACAGGUAGAUUGAACAGUGAGAUGGAUCUAUUUAUCAGCUUUCCUUUCAAUUUUUUUAACUUAGAGCACCACAUAUCUUUAGACAAUUUAUGUCACAAAUUAGCCCCAUCACAAUGUAUUCUGCUUUGGUUAGGCACAUUUUCACGACUGCUUUAACAGAUCUAUUCUGCAAUGACCUUUGAUGUUUUAACUGCUUACUGUACCAAACAUAAUAAAGGAAAAAACUACAACAUCAUGCUUGAAAAAUAAUUUAUAUCCAAUCCAAUGGUAUCUUCUCUUCCAUAUUGUAAAAAACAACACCUUUAGUGAGACAUUUUAUUGUUUUUGACAAAAAUACUAUUGUACUUAGUUCAGUAAUGAGUAUUCUUUACAAGUUUUAUUGAUGACUUGUGUGCUUUUGUGUUUUUACAUUGUAGUACUAAGAAAAUAUUGGUUUUGGUGAUUAAUAAUGGUGUUAAUUACAUGAUGCUUAAUAUAUAUAUAUAUUUUAGAACAACAGAUACAGUAAGUACUCCAUUGACAUUGCUCACAGAUUUUGUCCUUGGUCAAUAGUAAGACCACAAUUUCUGCCUGGAAGGCAAAAGGUGGAUAUUGUUGAUUUGAUGGAAUAAAUCAGCACUUUCGUAGCAUACUGGUUUUCAUUUCAGUGUGAAAAUUGACCAUUUAUCUACCAUAUUUGAUGUUUAGAUCAAAUAUGACAUUCACAGCUUACAAAAGUGGAUAUAACAACUAAAAUUCUUUAAUAAAUAAUCCUUCUGGGCAAACCAGUGUAUUAUAUAUUCAUACUUCUUUGGUAAGGCUUAGCAUUGGGUUUUAAUUUAUUAUGAACCAUUCCACAUAUCAGUCUUUAAUUUAUUAAUAUGUUUGACAAGGCUGUACUAUAGCCAUGUAAUGUAGUGAUUUUUUUAUGCAUGUAGUAAGAACCUCUGAGAAUAAUAAUAUAUCACAAUAAUAUUUACUCUAAAAAUCAAAAGAUAUUCAAAAAU